UGCACUACGUCGACGACUGACACAUCCGCGGACGACCCGAAUGGAAGCGUAGCCCGACAUGAUACUGGGCAGGAGGGGAGAAAAAUAGAGAGAUUGAAAAAAAGAUUCGUUUCCUCCCUACUCGCUCCCACCAACGCAGACAUCAGACAUCAGAGAGCGAGAGACAACGGUUGUAUGAAGCGGGAGAGAGAACAUGCUCGCGCUUGAGUUGGCAAAGACGCCCGUCAGCGAGGCCAUCGGCGCCGAGGCCGUCGCCCGAGCGCUGGGCGAGGCGCCAUUUGUCGUCGCAGACGGCAGCCUGAACCUGCGCAGCCUCUACUCGGACCUGACGAGCGCACACGUGGGCACGCGGGCCAAGCGCAUCUACCGCUCUGGCGCACUCGCCAUCGAUCGCGAGACGGCCACCGACCGCCUCGCCCUUGUCACCAUCGUCGAUCUGCGGUCCGACAAGGAGAGACAAGCCAGUCCGUCGCCGGCGUGGACGGCGGAGGACCAAAACCUGGUGCGGACCUACUGGGAUGCGCCCAAUGUAACGCCCUGCAGCUUUAUGCAGAAAGGCGAAGACGAGAAGCGACAGGACAAGGAGGAGCAGGACAAGGAACAGCAGGCCAAGGCCAUCAAGAAUGGCAUCGUGACGGAAUCCUACCUGCGCAUCCUCGCCACGCACGGCAGCGCCCUCGCGUCACUCGUCCGGAGCGUGGCGCAGCUCCAGGACGGCCAGGGCCUGCUCCUGCACUGCACCGCCGGCAAGGACCGAACCGGCGUGGCCACGGCGCUGCUCCUCUCGCUCGCCGGCUGUACGCGGGCGCAGAUUGCCGACGAGUACAGCCUGUCGCGCGUCGGUGUCGAGCCGGCCAGGGCGCUGCUGCUCCAGAAGCUCAAGGCGCAGCUGCCGCACCUCGACGAGGACGACGAGCGCUUCAUCGCACUGGCCGAGUCGCGCGCCGAGGCCAUGGACGACUUCUUGGGCGUCGUCGAGCGCAGGCUGGGCGGCUUCCGUCGCUACUGCAGCGAGCAGCUGGGCCUGAGCGACGGCGAGAUCGACGCCGCCAUCGCGUCGCUCAAGGCCGCGUGACGUGCGUGACUCGGCGCCCGUGCGCGCCCGCCCGCGCGCGCGCCCACACAUCGGUUCCCCCCACCUGUAGUAUUUUUAGC